AUGGAUCAAAAGGUCUGUGUGAGAAAACGUCCUUUGUUUAAAAAAGAAUCAGAAAAAGGCGAUGUUGAUGUGAUUCGGGAUGACAACAAUCAAUCUCUCACCGUCCUUGAGCCCAAGACAAAAGUUGACCUCACUAAAUUCACUGAAGAACAUAAUUUCUUCUUUGACGAGGUUCUCAGUGACAACACCGCAAACAAGGAAGUCUAUAAGAGAUGCGGGUCUCCCCUUGUGCGAUAUGUGUUCGAGAAGCAAGGGAAAGCUUCUUGUUUUGCGUAUGGACAGACCGGCUCUGGAAAGACACACACGAUGAUGGGAAAUCCAGAGCAGCCUGGACUGUACUUCCUUGCAGCAGAUGAAAUUUUCACCCUCAAAAAGGAGAAAGGCUAUUCAGACCUCACGGUUUGGGUCAGCUUCUUUGAGAUCUAUGGUGGAAAGCUGUAUGAUCUCUUGAAUGACCGAAGAAAACUUGUUGCAAGGGCAGAUGCCAAACAGGUGGUUAACAUCGUGGGUCUGCAAGAGACCGAAGUGAAGAGUGUCGCCCACUUGAUGGAUGCUUUGAAUGUUGGACACGAGGCUCGAUCGACGGCAGCCACUGGGGCCAAUCUUGAUUCCUCCCGCUCGCAUGCAGUACUGCAGGUAGGGAUGUAUUCAAAAAGAAGUCUGCAUGACUUAUUCAAAAAUUUAACACAGAUACAAUUCAAGAGGAUGAACAAGAGUGUGGGGAAAUUGAGUUUCAUUGAUCUGGCGGGCAGUGAAAGAGCUUCCGACGUCAACGACAACGAUAGACAGACACGCAUUGAGGGAGCAGAGAUCAACAAAUCUCUUCUUGCAUUGAAAGAGUGCAUUCGGGCUCUUGACCAAGGGAGCAAGCAUGUUCCUUUCCGUGGAUCAACGCUUACAUCUGUCUUGAAGGACAGUUUUAUUGGAAACUGUCGAACAGUGAUGAUCGCCAACGUAUCUCCCGGAACUUCAGCAUGCGAGCACACAAUGAAUACCCUGCGAUAUGCCAACCGUGUCAAGCAAUUGAAGUCUGCAGAUCGAGGGAAAGAUGCUUAUGCCCUCAAGGUUUCAUAUUUCCCGCGGGCUUGUGGCCCUUCCCUUCUAAGCUGGUUUGCAGGAUGCAUACAUGCCUCAUCAGGCUGCUCCCCGACACGCCGGAGGAGCUAG